UUCUUUUAAGCAAAAGGUUUUUCUUUCGCAUUGUAUUUGACUGCAACAACAACGUAAUGUAUUAAAGGAUUCUUGUCUUGAUUAUUCAACAAGUAUUUGACUAUUAAGAUAUAACUAAUAGGUAAUCCAACUUGUUUGUGCUUGUGAGAACUACCAUGUUUCAUGUUGUGUGCUACUGUUGUAUACCCAAUUUUCCAAACAUAAUCUCUUAUAUUGUACUGACUAGUCCUGUCUGCUUCAGAACCUGUGUUGAACAAUGUGAAAAGACAGGAAAUGUAGGAGACAUAUCUAUCCCACACUGUUUGUUUUCCUCCAGUAGUGAUGAGGCUGUUAAUAAUACAUGGUACAUGCAAGAACCACUUUACUUGCAAUGGAAACAAUUGAACUGCAAAAGUGAUUGUUGCUAUCAUUGUAUGAUCCAAAGAGAAAGUGAAAGGGAGGCACUUGGCCUCAGUCCUGUCAAGUAUCAUGGGAAAUGGCCAUUCAAGCGCAUCUUUGUCUUUCAGGAGCCUGCUUCAGCUGCCUUGUCUGCUUUCAAUCUAAUGAUGCAUUUCGUUGGAUGGCUCUCAUUCUUUGUAUUAGUAAAUUACAAGCUUCCUCUUAGGCCCCAUAGCAAGAGAACUUACUAUGAAUACACUGGGUUGUGGCAUAUCUAUGGUCUCUUAUCAAUGAAUGCCUGGUUUUGGAGUACUAUAUUCCAUACAAGAGACUUUGAAAUGACUGAGAAGCUGGAUUACUCGUCAGCUGUGGCUUUACUUGGAUACUCAUUGAUUCUAUCUUUGCUGCGAACAUUUGAUGUGAAGGAUGAGGCGACUAGAGUUAUGUUUGCUGCCCCUAUUUUGGCCUUUGUGACAACUCACAUAUUGUUUCUUAACUUCUAUCAACUUGAUUAUGGGUGGAAUAUGAAAGUUUGUGUUGUAAUGGGCAUCAUUCAACUACUCGCGUGGGCAAUCUGGGCUGGAAUGAAGCGUCACCCUCAUCGCUUCAAGCUUUGGACAGUUGUGUUUGGGGCUGCCAUUGCCAUGCUUUUGGAGAUCUAUGAUUUCUCACCAUAUGGUGGAUAUGUGGACGCCCAUGCACUGUGGCAUGCAACCACCAUUCCUCUCACCUAUUUGUGGUGGAGUUUCAUCAAGUCAGAUGCAGAAUACAGGACUGCAAUGCUUGUCAAGAAAGCCAAGUGAUAUUGAAAUUGCAAUAGAAAAUCAGGUUUUUCUACUGUACCGACAGUAAUAGAUUGAUUAGAGUUGCUUCGCAUACUCUUCACCCCAUUUUCUGCUAUUUAUUUCUCUUUUGUCAACAGAUAAAUGGGAUUUUUUUUUUUUGGGUUGAAAACUGGUGUUUUUGUAAUAGAUUUGUUUAGAUUAUUUAACGUGAAUUGUGUAAGUUUAUUUGGCUUUUUCUGUCU